AGUAAUCAAAAUAUUUAUAAUUUGUUACUUAUUUUAUGUUUAUUCUGACGUGGGAUAUCUCCUUUGACACUUGUGAUUUUAUUUAACAGGUCCAAUCAAUCGAGGAGAGCGUGGAUCAAAUAUGUCACCAAGAUCGUCCCCUGCUAGGCCUACAGCUCCAACUUUUCCAUUGCCAUUUACACCACCUCAGCCCCCGGCCAGCGGCUUAACACCACCACUACCACCGGAAGGAGACAUGACUCCACCAGCACCAGAAGGAGAUAUUGUUCCGACGCUGACACCGCCUGGAAUGCGACCGACUUUGACUCCAUCAGCAGCCCAGCCAGCUAAUAGUCUUUCACCAUCUCUUCUAGUUGCUGCUUUAGGAGUCAUUUUCUUCAUGUACUAUUAAUGUGCUAUAGACCUUUUUGUGCCAUAAUGUUUGUGCAAAUUAUUUUUUUAGUAAUUAGGGGACAUUUGUUUUUGAAUUGUUUGGAUAAAUUGAUUAACAUUUUUUUCUCAUUUUGUGUGCAAAAUGGUGAUUGUAAGAAAACAAUUGUUUUAAACAUUAUAUUCAUUUU